AUGGCGAGUGCGGGGUCGCCGCGGCAGCAGCAGGGCGCAGAGGCGGGCGGUGGCUGGGAGGUCCCCGGGGCUCGGAGCGCGGCGGCUGGGAGGCUCCAGCAGCAGCCGCCGGUGCCAGCGGCCGGAGAUGAAGAGCCGGAGCAGGUGUCAGGCGGGGCCGCGUCCGCGCUGCUGGGGGAGACCGGGCUGGCGCUGGGCGGCUGCAUCGCGGCUGCUCUGAGCUGGGAGAGGCCGCUCCGCAGCCUGGGCGGGUUCGUCUGCGCCAACCUGCUGUUCUGGUUCCUUGCACUGACCCCUUGGAGAGUAUAUCAGCUGACUUCUCUCCUAAUACUUGGGGUUGUAAUUAUGCAGAUAAUGAAGGAUAUGGUAUUGUCUCGGAUAAAAGGUGCACAGCUAUGGAGGAGCCUCACUGACAGCUGGGAAGUCAUCAAUUCCAAACCUGACUACAGGCCCAAAAUAAACCAAUGUAUUGUAGAUGCAUUGGUGAAUUUAUUUCUAUUUCUUCAGGAAAUGUCACACUUCAAAGAGAAAAACCCUGGCAAGUUUUGCCUUCUGGUCUGCAGUGUGUGUACAUUUUUCACUAUCUUGGGUAGUUACAUUCCUGGAAUUGUACUCUCCUACUUUCUAUUACUGUGUGCCUUUUUAUGUCCGCUGUUCAAGUGCAAUGAAUUUGGGCAGAAGAUGUGCAACAAAAUCAAGUCAGUUCUGCUGAAACUGGAUUUUGGAAUUGGGGACUAUAUCAACCAAAAGAAGAGAGAGAGAUCUGAAACCGCAAAACCAAAAUCCAUGGAAGAUGACAGUGAAUUAGACAUAUCAGCCCUGUGUCCUAAGAUUAGUCCUACAGUUAUUGCUAAAGAGCUAUCGGUGUCUGACACAGAUGUAUCAGAGGUAUCUUGGACUGAUAAUGGGACCUUUAAUUUAUCUGAGGGAUACACUCCACAGACAGACACAUCUGAUGAUUUUGACCGACCUAGUGAUCAUGAAGAAGCUUUUGCCAGAGAUCUUGCAGAAUUUCCCUCUCUAGAAAAUGGCGCAGGAACAAAUGACGAUGAUGACUCGAGCAUUGGCAUUCCCACCCAUCAGAAGAGAAAAAAGGAACAGAUGCCUUCCAAGAUGGCUCAUUCUCCCAGACAGAGGAAAGAGAGGCAGUCUGCCACAGGCCUCUCCCUUCCUUUGACCAGUGACCAAACCUUUAACUUAGUGAGUGAUAUUGCUGGUGAUGUUAUUGCAGCUGCUGUGUCUGCCGCCAUCAAAGACCAGUUGCAGUCCACACAACGAGCACCCUCACAGGUAGUCCCCAGUUUGAGUGAGGAGACAGACACGGAAGAAGCUGAUGAUUUUGAACUGCUUGACCAAUCAGAGCUUGAGCAGAUUGAGAGUGAACUGGGGCUUACACAAGGCCAAGAAGAAAAGCCACAGGAAAAAAAGAAAUCUUCAGGCUUCCUUUCAAAUCUGCUUGGAGGUCAUUAA